GGGAGGUCGCGCGGCUUGCGUCGCACCAACUUUGGUUGCACUGUGCUGUCUCACCCGCAAGGCCGAGAAGCCGGGAAGUCAAUUUGUCUGUCGUACCUGCAGCGUCGGGCUUUCCAGUAUCAUGGAGUACCUCAUCGGCAUUCAGGGCCCAGACUACGUCCUUGUGGCCUCCGACCGGGUGGCGGCCAGCAGUAUUGUCCAGAUGAAGGACGAUCAUGACAAGAUGUUUAAGAUGAGUGAAAAAAUUUUACUCCUAUGUGUUGGAGAGGCUGGAGACACUGUACAGUUUGCAGAAUAUAUUCAGAAAAAUGUGCAACUUUAUAAGAUGCGAAAUGGAUAUGAAUUGUCUCCCACAGCAGCAGCUAAUUUUACACGUCGAAACCUGGCUGACUGUCUUCGGAGUCGGACCCCAUAUCAUGUGAACCUUCUCCUGGCUGGCUAUGAUGAGCAUGAGGGGCCAGCACUCUACUACAUGGACUACCUGGCAGCCUUGGCUAAGGCCCCUUUUGCAGCCCAUGGUUAUGGUGCCUUCCUGACUCUCAGCAUCUUGGACCGGUACUACACUCCGACUAUCUCACGUGAGAGGGCAGUGGAGCUUCUUAGGAAAUGUCUGGAGGAGCUCCAGAAGCGCUUCAUCUUAAAUCUGCCAACCUUCAGUGUUCGAAUCAUCGACAAAAAUGGCAUCCAUGACUUGGAUAACAUUUCCUUCCCUAAACAGGGUUCCUAACAUCAUGGCCUCCCUCCCACUUGCCAGGGAACUUUUUUUUAUGGGUUCCUUUAAUUUUUUUCUACUCUUUCGCAGUGCACUCUUAAUAGAUAGCUAAUUCAGAAUAAAGCUAACUAUGGAUAAAUCGA